AUUUCCCAGCGACCGCGGCGCCAGGAGCGGAACCGGGAAGCGCGAAGAUGGCGGUGGAUAAGGAGCUGUUGGAGCGGGACCUCUACGGGCUGCUGGGGGUCGGCGAGAAGGCGUCCGAGAAGGAGGUGAAGACAGCGUUCCGGCAGAAGGCCCUGACCUGUCACCCGGACAAGAACCCAGACAACCCCCGGGCAGCGGAAAUCUUCCACCAGCUGUCCCAGGCCUUGGCCGUGCUCACAGAUGCAGCAGCCAGGGCAGCCUAUGACAGGGUGAGGAGGGCGAAGAAGGAGGCUGCAGCAAGGACACAGAAACUCGAUGAGAAGAGGAAGAAAGUAAAACUUGAUCUCGAAGCCAGAGAACGAGAAGCCCAGUCCCAGGAGAACGAAGAGGAGGAGAUCAGGAUAACGAGAUCAUUAGAAGAAGAAAUAAUCCGCCUGCGUGAGGAGGGCUCCCGGCAGCUGGAGGAGCAGCAGAGGCUCGUCAGGGAGCAGAUCCGCCUGGAAAGGGAGCAGCACAGCCGAGGCAAGCAGGAAAGAAAUGGGGCAGAAGGCAAAAUAACUCCUAAGCUCAAGCUCAGGUGGAAAUGCAGGAAGGAAGAUGAGACAGGAGGGGGAUACUCCAAAGAUGUGCUGCUGAAGAUCCUGCAAAAGUAUGGUGAUGUGCUCAAUUUGUUGAUCUCCAGCAGGAAGACUGGGAGUGCAGUGGUGGAAUUUGCCACGGUGAAGGCAGCUGAGAUGGCUGUGAAGAAUGAAGUGGGCCUGCUAAAUAACCCCCUGAAGAUUUCCUGGCUGGAGGGCCAGCCCCAGAGCCGCCCCAGCACCGUCCUCCCUGACAGCACCAGCCAUUCCAGGACCUCACAGGCGUCAGUGGUGUCGGAGCGGGACUACGAGAGCCUGGUGAUGAUGAGGAUGCGCCAGGCAGCCGAGAGGCAGCAGCUCAUCGAGCAGCUCCAGCGGGAAGAUGAGGAGGAAAAGUCUCACACUUAGCAUGACAGUAUGGAUUCUCCCCACCCCUCCAUCCCCCCAGAGCUGUUUCUUAAUUUAAGUCAAUAAACCUCAUUUCUUUUUAAA